AUGUGGGAGUGGGGUCUUGGGCUGGGGUCCUCCCAUGCCAGCUGGGGGUUCUUCCUUCUGUUGAUAGCGGUACUCCUUCCAGGCACUCAUUGUGCCUUGGGAUCAGUAUAUUACACUUCCUAUGAAGUAGUCAUCCCCAAGAGAUUAAUAACCAGGGAAGGAGAAGAAGGAGCAAGAAAAAUCUCCUAUUCAAUAUUUAUGAGAGGCAAGAGGCAGGUGAUUCAUCUGAAACAAAAGAGAGGGCUAUUUGCUAAGAACUUCCCUGUCUACACUUACUACAAAGGGAAGCUAGUUUUGGACAUGCCUUUUCUCCCAGAUGACUGCUACUAUGAUGGAUAUGUGGAAAGUGAUCUGGGCUCCCUAGUGUCUCUCAGUACCUGCUCUGGCCUCAAGGGCAUAAUAACCAUAGAGAAAACAGUCUACAACAUUGAGCCCAUUGAUGCCUCAAGUAAGUUUGAACACGUCCUGUACAAAAUGAAAAAGGACACAUUCGAUCCCUGCAAGGGACCUAAGAGGGAACCUCUUCAAUUCAGGAGCCAUUUAAAAGGGAAAGAAGAUGUAGGUGAUAUGGAUGAGAGAGAGAGUGAAAUUGAGAAACCCCUAUGUGUUUGUACACAUUACAGAGCUGCAACGAUUAACUCCUUCUAUCAUGAAGACAUAACCCGCUUCACUAACCUCCUGGCCCAUGAGCUAGGUCACACCCUAGGCAUGAUGCAUGACCAUUCAGGCU